AUGAAGCAAAAACAGAGUGAGGGGCUGAUUGAUGUCAGGAAUAAAAAACUUGGCAAAGUUGGUCCCAAAUGCAAAGAAUAUUCUGAAGAAUUUCUCCUAUCAAUCCCACUUAGAUUGAGAACCACAAAAAGAAGUUAUGCAGGUGCUUUAAAAAUUUCUCAUGUUACAAUACACAGACCGAAGAAAAAGGGGUUGCUCAGAACUCAUACAAGCACCAACCACCCAAAGCUAACUGAUAAUCACAAGAUAGAGAGACUGAGAUGGGUGUUGUCACACCUCACCCCUGCCACUGAGACAGAGGACCCAAUGUGUGAGCAGUCAAGGAGGUUUAAGGUUAAGGCAAUGUUCAUGGCCAUGAUAGCAAAGCCACAACACAACACAAAUGGGGAAAUGAUCCAUGAUGACAAGUAUGAAAUAUUUGGCUUUGUUUAUGAGCAAAGGGUAAAGAAAUCCAGCAAGAACAUACCAGCAGGAACAAUGGAGAUUAAAGCAUUGCAAUCUGUAACUAAGGAUGUGAUCAAAGACAUGUUGAUUAAUAAGGUCAUUCCAUGCAUUAUAGAGAAUUGGCCAGCACAUUUGUCUAAGGACAUUUUCAUACAAUGGGAUAAUGCAAGACCCCAUAAAAUUCCAACUGAUCCAGAGUUUGUGGCAGCUUGUACACAAAAUGGUUUCAACAUCAAGAUGGUGUACCAGCCCCCACAAUCUCCAGACCUAAAUGUGCUGGACUUAGGGCUGUUCAUAGUUAUGCAGUCAAUUCAAUAUCAGUCCUUCCCCAAAAAUGUUGAGGAGUUAGUGAAAGUGGUUGAAGAGGCAUACAAUACAUUUGACCCAAUUUCAAACAAAUUCACAUGGAUCACAUUACAGUCAUGUAUGACUGAAAUACUAAAAAUGAUGGAAGACAACAACUUCACUCCAACCCAUAUGAAGAAGAGAAGUUUGGAGAAGCAAGGAAUUCUGCCUGAGAGGCUCACAUUUAGCCCUGAGUUGGUAGCUCAAGCAAUGAACCACCUUAAUGACAAGUUCAGACUAGUGAACUAG